AUGGAACACAAAGCUGAAACAAAAAAGGAAGUGGUGAAAAAAUAUACAGAUACUUCUUACCUUCCUGAAUGUUGGUCUGAUGAUAGACGAAUGGGAAUUUUAUUAGCUGAAUUUCGACCUAGACAACUAAAUGCUGCAAGUUAUGAUGCAAAAAUGAAAUUUUGGAAGGACUUAAUUCAUGCAUUUUGCAGCACAUCUGGAUGUAGUGUGGUAUCAAUUUCAUUGUUAAAAGAACAGUUUCGCCGGAAGGGCACCGUUCCAUACUGCUUGCACAUUGUAUUAGCGGACAUGCUAGCAAAAGGUGAGCUGUGUAAGGAGAGCCAACUGAAAGCUCAGCAACGUACUGGUGCAUUUGGAUUUAACCUGUGGACAGCAAAGCAAUUUGUAAAAGCUCCAAUCUUGUGGGGAUAUGAAGUGGCGGUUGGCAGAUUUACUGGUAUGGUCAAUAUAAACGAUAAUGAAAAUUUCAUUGUUACGGCUGUUACUCACCAACAUUCAAAAAUGAUUGAAAACAUCAUCGCUGAACGGGAAUUGACCAACAAAUUGCUGCAAUAUGAGUAUUUGGUUGAUUUAUUGAAAAAAACGUCAUCUAUAACUCGACAUGGUGUAGAACCAGCUGUAGAUUUACUUGAGAAAUGUAACCGAUUGACAAAACAAACAAUAGUCUGUGGAGAAACUAGCACGUUACUUAUCAAAUUUGCUGGAGCUAAUGCAAUUGCCCAACCCAUUACAAGCAUAGAAAAAUCUAUCUACGAACUUGAGGAGAGUGAAAAUCGAUUAAUGGAAGAUAUUAACAUGGUUGAGCACAGCAUAAGCCAGACGAUGGAUAAGGUUCGAGAAUACAUAAAGGAUGGACGGAAGCAAAUGGCUAAAACAUAUUUAAAAAAAAAAAAUUAUCUCGAAAAAAAUAUGCAAGGAAAAAUUAACGCCCUGGAAAACCUUCAGGGUAUUCUGCUUAAAAUUCAUAACUGCCAAUCCGAUAAAAAUAUAAUAGAAGCAUAUAAAUUAGGCACUAAUGCUCUGAAGAACGCAUAUGAAGCCGCAGGAAUUACAAUCGAUCAAUUAGAUGAAACAAUGGACGAAAUGAGAUAUGUUUUAGAACAACAUGAUGAAAUGUCUGCAUUGAUCAACACAGUUUCGACCAGUGAUGUUGAUGAACUAGAGCUGGAGCAAGAGUUAGGAGACUUGAUAGACAUGAAACUUGCGGAGAGCAAAAUCAAUACAAAGGAUUUUCCAACGCCCCCAUCUACAUCGACCAUGGAAAACAACACAGUCAAAGUACCAGAUUUUGAUAAGGAAAUCGAGAAACGACUAGCGGCACUCAGAGUUGAUGGAACUGACGGUUAUAAAUUAACUGAUCAUGGACUAUAA